UGACGGACUACCAUGUCCGGCGACGGAAUUCGGUGACGGAGUUUUUUCGGUUAUCGGUCGCCGUUUUCGGACGACAGAGUUAGCAGUGCUUUGCGAUUUGAUUUAAGGAUUAUCCCAACGUCGCCGGUGAGGCAGAAACCUCUGACGAUGCCGAUCAGUGAAGACGAACUGGAACCCCUCGGCAUGCAGGAGCAACAUGGCGGCAGCACGAUGUCGAAGGCGGAGCUCAGGAAAACCCACAAGCCGAUCAUGGAGAAACGUAGACGCGCUCGGAUAAACAACUGCCUCAACGAGAUCAAGCACCUGAUCUUGGAAGCCAUGAAUAAAGACCCCGCCCGUCACUCCAAACUGGAAAAAGCGGACAUACUUGAAAUGGCGGUCAAGCAUUUGCAAAAUAUCCAACGUCAACAGCUCGCCAUCGCAGUCGCCACCGAUCCCACGGUCCUGAGGAAAUUCAAAACCGGCUUCAACGAUUGCGCUCGUGAAAUUGACAAGUUUAUGGACAGAUCGGAGACCACAGACGCGUCGCUCAAGCAGAGAGUAUCGUCUCACCUGCAAAAAUGCAUGAACGGCCUCGAACAAGUGGCUCAGUUCGCGGCUCCCACUCUGGGUAACUUCCCUUUCGGCUCUUCCGGCGGUCUUUUUUCUGGAAAUCAGACGCCAAACGACUCGGCGUCAGACGACCAAAACAACAACCCCAGAAUACAAAUACCGCAGGGCAUACAAUUGAUACCGAGCAGGUUGCCUACCGGCGAGCUCGCACUCCUUGUGCCCAACUCCAGCAACUUGCCUUACUUUCCGAUCCAGCGGCCCAGCGCGUUCGUCACAGUUACCCCCCAACACACUACGGAAUCGCUCAGUCCUCCGGUUAGUCCUCCGGAGGCGAGGAGUCGCUCUCCGAGGGGUUUCCGGCCGGUCAAAUCCGGCCUGCCCAAGCCGAAACCCUCCUACCCCGGCGAAGAUCACCAGGUGCCUCAAAUCUCUUCGACCGUGCCCAGCGAGAAACACCAGUUCGUGCCUCCGAUGGAGGUGAAGACGAUGAAGUUUCCCAUCCACAAGUACCACGAGAGGAAAGUGGAACAGGCGAAGAAAUUUUCGGAACCCCUGUGCAUCAUCACCAAUCAAGCGGAGCGGCACAAGCAGGCCCAACAAAAGGAUGACUCCGCCCAUUUCGAGGAAAACCUGGUACCCGGCGUGCGAGGCGUCAAGAGGAAUUUCUGCGAGGUUCAACAGCAGCAUCAGGGUAUCCUGAGCACCGUUCCACAAGAGGGUUCGACCGGUUUCACCAGGCCCGCAAAGAUCCUCAAGGUAAAUCACCACGUGGUGCCUUCGUCGACGCUCGCUCACCCGUCGACGUCUUUUGCCCCGCCCACCGGUGAUUUUCAACGAGCCGAACAACCCAAGGAACCCAGAGAAUACCGAGCAAGUGCCGCGAAAGACAAUCAGGACGUCAACGAUAUGUGGAGGCCUUGGUGACAUCGUUUUAAGUUUUCGUGCCAUAUUUUAUAGUUAUCAGAUCAAAGAUAUAUUUUUAGGAACAGUUAUUAACCGCGCAUAGGAUACCUUAUAUUUUGCCGCUCAUGUGAAUUUGUGAUCUCCGUCGUUACAUCAAGCUUUAAUUUGUGUUGCGUGACUUUUUGAAUGAAUGGAAUUUUCUCCUUAGGGCCUCAAUAACACCCGUUGCAUCCUUUCCAACUGUUUUUUUUUUGUUUGACCUAAUGAGUUAAUAGGAUUAGUAAAGGCAUUUAUUUUUUAAUUCUUCGUGUUUAACUGCAUCCAGAACCUUGUCAAAAACUCCCAAUUUCAGAUGUAAAACCAAAAAACAAGCGCCUAACCAACGGCCGUAGAAAAUUUUUAAUACUUUAAA